UCAAAUUCAGAAGUAUAUGUAAAAAGUUUUAAAAAGAUAAAAAGGUGUAAACUGAAUAUAUAUAUUAUUUUUGUAUGAAAAUAAAAUGGAACGAAAUUGCAACACAUUUGUACGAGACCUUAAUUAACCGAAAAAUGAAAUGAAGAAGCCUUUUCCCUCCGAGAAGUAGUUUGAGAUGAAUUAUUCGGGGGAAGGCAACAGGGAGGAAGAAGAGGUUGGUUUACCUCGACUCGCUUCCUUCGUAUGCGAAUGCGACCCUUUGUCCGAAGAAGAUCUCGAAGCCAUUGAUGCCACUCUUCAAUCUUCACUCCCCAAAUCCAACAACAUCACUUCUCACUCUCCCCCUCGCCGGUGCUUACCCUCAUCGCUCGUCGCUCUUCAACUCCCGCCUUCUCUAUCUUUCUCAUGUUCUCAAGGCUCUUCAAAGAUGCGGUUGCCUGUAAUUAAGUUUAGUGGACAAAUAAUGUAUAGCAGGACUUUUGAUGAUGUUGAGAAAUCUGUAACAAAGUUUCUAAAAAAACUUGAAGAAAAGAAAAGAAAGAUGCUGCAAAUUGCAAUUGGAUUUGACAUCGAGUGGAGACCUACCUUCAAAAGAGGUGUUCCACCUGGGAAAGUAGCAGUGAUGCAGAUAUGUGCUGACCCUAGUCAUUGUCUUGUUCUACAUCUAAUUCAUUCUGGAAUCCCUCAAAAUCUACAGCUUUUACUAGAAGAUUCCACAAUUUUGAAGGUUGGAGCUGGGAUUGGUGGUGAUGCUGCUAAGAUUUCUAGAGAUUGUAGCAUAUCUAUUAAAGGUGUGGAAGAUCUUUCUUUUCAUGCUAAUCAAAAGCUAGGGGGAGGUCUUCAUAAGUGGGGUCUUGCAUCUUUGACCGAAAAACUUUUAUCAAAACAGCUUAAAAAGCCCAGCGAAAUAAGACUGGGGAAUUGGGAGACUCCUUUUUUGUCGAAGGAGCAACUAGAGUAUGCUGCCACAGAUGCUUUCGUUUCUUGGUUUCUCUAUCAGACUAUUAAAGAUCUCCCGGAUGCCCAGGACGUUACCGACAAAAGUAGUGAAGUUGAUGGUGUACUGCUGCCGCAACAAUGACCAUAUCUCAUGUCUGUGUAAGGAAAUUAAUUUUCUGUUAAUAAAUUUUAAAUAAUUAUAUGUACUAAAUUAAAUGUAUGUUGUAACAUUGAGAAUGUCCCAAGAAAUCAAUACUUCUCAUAUGUUAGUAAAUAAGUGAAAAACGUAUUAUUUAUCUGUUUACUAGCUCAGAUGGUGAUCUCAAAGCUUUUAUGCUUAUUGGUAUGAAACGAAAGACAUUCUUGAUUUA